AGAUAACAUUAUCGUCGUGUGUAGUUGGACACUUUAUCGUGUCUUUUCAACUUUAAUAAUAUCUUAAUUGCAAAUUUCUGUUAUCCAACUUGUUGUAUUGUAGUGGUGUAAUAAGAUAAUGCUUGUUAGGACUUAUUCUUAACACAAAUCCAAUACAUUCGAUCUCUGUUUAAAUAAAUUUCAAAGUAAUACAAGUGUGGUGAUUUUUUGCAUUUUAUAAGAAAGAUGGCUGAGAAGUUAACCGAAGACAAGGAAGAUAAAAAAAGUAAAGCCCUCGACGGAGGAUAUGGAUGGGUGGUUAUUUUUGCAAUCGUUGCUAUUAAUUCUGCCUUAUCUCCAAUAGUGGUAUGUUUUGGUAUGUUAUACGAAGCCAAAUUCUUAGAAAUGGGAAUAACAGCGUCUCAAAUAUCUUUUCUUCUUCAUCUCAAUAAUUCUUUACAAUGUGCUUUAGGACUCUUCAGUGGUCCUUUACUCAAAGUAUUUACUAAUAAACAAAUUGUUUUGGGCGGUGGAUGUCUCAGCUGCUUAUCUUUGGUAUUAACAACAUUAUCAUGGAGAUAUGAGUACUUAUUAUGUACUAUUGGGGUUAUGUUAGGUGUUGGAAAUGGAAUUUUAAUGCCUGCAACAUACAUGAUGGUUUAUUCAUACUUUGAAAAGAAAUUGGCGUUAGCAAUAAGUCUUCAAGUAACAGGAUCAUGUUUAAUAGGAAUAUUUAUGCCGCAAGUUUGUCAUUUCCUUCUUCAGUAUUAUGGUGUUCAAGGAACCGUUUUAAUUUUCGCUGGAUUCGCAUUAAACAUGUUUCCGGCCGCGCUUUUAUUACACCCAUUAAAAGGAAGGGAAUACAAAAAUAAAAAAACUAGCAAAAUUAUCUUACCACACGAUGAUAAAAACGGUUUAAACGAUAAACUCAUCUCGACCAACAACAACAACUCCUUACCUAAAGAGAAAAAGAAUAUGUGCAGAUCAGUUACGAAAUUGUUCGAUUUUAAACUUUUUACAGAAGCUACUUAUGUAAUCUUAGCUCUUGGAAUGGGAGUUUCUUUUGCAUCCGAACUUAACACCAUAGUGAUGACCCCGUUCGUUUUAACACGUUUAAAUGGUUUUAAUAUCCAAGAAUUAGCAAUAGCCAUAUCGUGGCUGUCUUCUACCGACCUAACAGGUCGGUUAGUCGUGCCAUUCAUAACGUACAAGAUGAAUUUACCACCGAAAGUUUGUUAUGUUUGUUCAUUAAUGGCUUCGUCUAUUGGCAGAACGAUUAUGGCUGUUUUCUAUGAUCAAAAAUAUAUUGUUUUAAUUGGAGUGGCCACUCUUGGUUUAGGUAAAGGAUCAAAAGCGGUUUUUCAAUCGCUAAUUUUACCUAGAUAUGUUGAGUAUGAAAGAUUAGCUGCAGCUAAUGGAUUGUUGAUGGUUACUAAUGGGAUUUUAUCUUUAGUUGUUGGACCUGUUAUAGGUUUAGCCCACGAUUUGGCAAAUUCUUACAUUUACUCUUUAUAUGCAACAACAGCUUUAUCAAUGUUUUGCGUGAUCUUAUGGAGUUGUGAUUAUUUAAUAAGACCGAAAGUCAAAAAAGUCACCGAAGAAUCUAGUUCAACAGAAUCAAACGCUUAAAUAAUUAUUUAAAUAAAAAAUCUCAACAAAAAAUAAUUUCCUAAAUUAAAAAAAAAUCUGUAUAGGCCACAGUUUUAACAUGUUGUGAUUCUUUGUAAUCAUUGUGAUUAUUGUUAUUAAAUAGCUAAGUAAAUUUAAUAUGUAAAUAUUUAAUGUUUAAGCCAAAAGAUC